CUUCCGAAACUUAGCAUUAUAUUAAAUUCAGUGAGUUUUAUUCCCAAUAGCUUCACAUUGCCCUGUACUGCUUUUUCUACCCUUUUACUUGCAUAACCAAUCAAAUUUAUUAUAAAUUCAAGGAAGGGAUUGGUUAAACACAAUAGCCUGUAAGUUCCUUACUAUUUAGAUAACAUCAAGACUCAGGCAUGCCCUGUGGAAUUGUGACUUCAGUGAGCUAGCUAGAUAGGAUUUAUUCAAAUAAUAGGAGCUCUUCCAGUGACUGUUAGAUGGCAGAAGGGUGCACCUUCUGUAAAUUCAUUUAAAAUUGGUGAAUUAAAAAAUCCUAAAUUUUAAUGUCUUAUCACUUUGAAAACAGUUCAGACAGAAUCCAAACAAAUAUUUGGCAUAAAAUUCUCGUUUGAAUGGAUUUUUAUUCUUAGUUUCAUUUUAUUAAGAGCCAGCUUUUGAAAGUUCUGUUAACGUCAGCAAUUGGAGAAGAAUGAUGGUAUAGUGCUAUUGUUAUCUUCAACUGUUCUGAAGCGCGAGACCUGUAAACCACUGUAGAUAUGGACAAAGAGGAAAGGAAGACUAUUAACCAGGGUCAAGAAGAUGAAAUGGAGAUUUAUGGCUACAAUUUGAGUCGAUGGAAGCUUGCCGUGGUUUCAUUAGGAGUGAUCUGCACUGGUGGGUUCCUCCUCCUCCUUCUCUAUUGGAUGCCCGAGUGGCGGGUGAAAGCAACCUGUAUUAGAGCUGCAGUUAAGGACUGUGAAGUGGUGCUACUGAGGACUACUGAUGAAUUUAGAGUGUGGUUUUGUGCAAAGAUUCGCUUACUUUCUCUGGAAACUCACCCAUUUUUGAGUACGAAAUCUAUAGUUAAGGUUUCAAAUGGCCAUGCAGUUCACUUAAUUGAGAAUCCAGCUGAAGAGAGUAGGCAUGAGUUGAAUAAAUAUUCACAGACUCAGUCACAACAGAUUCGUUAUUUCACCCACCAUAGUGUAAAAUAUUUCUGGAAUGAAACCAUUCACAAUUUUGAUUUCUUAAAGGGACUGGAUGAAGGUGUUUCUUGUACGUCAAUUUAUGAAAAGCAUAGUGCAGGACUGACAAAGGGGAUGCAUGCCUACAGAAAAUUGCUUUAUGGAGUAAAUGAAAUUACUGUGAAAGUGCCUUCUGUUUUUAAACUUCUAAUUAAAGAGGUUCUCAACCCAUUUUACAUUUUCCAGCUGUUCAGUGUUAUACUGUGGUGCACAGAUGAAUACUAUUACUAUGCUCUAGCCAUUGUGAUUAUGUCCAUAGUAUCGAUUGUAAGCUCACUAUAUUCUAUUAGAAAACAAUAUGUUAUGUUGCAUGACAUGGUGGCAGCUCACAGUACUGUGAGAGUUUCAGUUUGUAGAGUGAAUGAAGAAAUAGAAGAGAUCUUUUCUACAGACCUCGUGCCAGGAGAUAUCAUGGUCAUUCCAUUAAAUGGGACAAUCAUGCCUUGUGAUGCAGUACUUAUUAAUGGUACCUGCAUUGUAAAUGAAAGCAUGUUAACAGGAGAAAGUGUUCCAGUGACAAAGACCAAUUUGCCAAAUCCUUCAGUAGACAUAAAAGGAAUGGGAGAUGAAUUAUAUAAUCCAGAAACACAUAAACGACACACUUUGUUUUGUGGUACGACUGUUAUUCAGACACGUUUCUACACCGGAGAACUUGUCAAAGCCAUAGUAGUUAGAACAGGAUUUAGUACUUCCAAAGGACAGCUUGUUCGUUCCAUAUUAUAUCCCAAACCAACUGACUUUAAACUCUACAGAGAUGCCUACUUGUUUCUACUGUGUCUUGUGGCAGUGGCUGGCAUUGGGUUUAUCUACACUAUCAUCAAUAGCAUUUUAAAUAAGGUAGAAGUUGGGGUAAUAAUUAUUGAGUCUCUUGAUAUCAUUACAAUUACUGUGCCGCCUGCACUUCCUGCUGCAAUGACCGCUGGUAUUGUGUAUGCUCAGAGAAGACUGAAGAAGAUUGGUAUUUUCUGUAUUAGUCCCCAAAGGAUAAAUAUCUGUGGACAGCUGAAUCUCGUUUGCUUUGACAAGACUGGAACUCUUACUGAAGAUGGUUUAGAUCUUUGGGGGAUUCAGCGAGUGGAAAAUGCACGAUUUCUUUUACCAGAAGAAAACAUUUGCAAUGAGAUGUUGGUAAAAUCCCAGUUUGUUGCUUGUAUGGCUACUUGUCAUUCACUUACAAAGAUUGAAGGAGUGCUUUCUGGGGAUCCACUUGAUUUGAAAAUGUUUGAAGCAAUUGGAUGGAUUCUGGAAGAAGCAACUGAAGAAGAAACAGCACUUCAUAAUCGAAUCAUGCCCACUGUGGUUCGUCCUCCCAAACAACUGCUUCCUGAAUCUACACCUGCAGGAGACCAAGAAAUGGAGCUGUUUGAACUUCCAGCUAUUUAUGAGAUAGGAAUUGUUCGCCAGUUCCCAUUUUCUUCUGCUUUGCAACGUAUGAGUGUGGUUGCAAGGGUGCUAGGGGAUAAGAAAAUGGAUGCCUACAUGAAAGGAGCUCCUGAAGUCGUUGCCAGUCUUUGUAAACCUGAAACAGUUCCUGUUGACUUUGAAAAAGUUUUGGAAGAUUUCACUAAACAAGGCUUCCGUGUGAUAGCUCUUGCACACAGAAAAUUGGAAUCAAAAUUGACGUGGCAUAAAGUACAAAAUGUUAGCAGAGAAACCAUUGAAAACAACAUGGAUUUUAUGGGAUUAAUUGUAAUGCAGAACAAAUUAAAGCAAGAAACCCCUGCAGUACUUGAAGAUUUGCAUAAAGCCAACAUUCGCACUGUCAUGGUCACAGGUGACAACAUGUUGACUGCUGUCUCUGUGGCUAGAGACUGUGGGAUGAUUCUACCUCAGGAUAAGGUUAUUAUUGCUGAAGCAUUACCUCCAAAGGAUGGGAAAGUUGCCAAGAUAAACUGGCAUUAUGCAGACUCCCUAACACAGUGCAGUAAUUCAUCAGCAAUUAACUCAGAGGCUAUUCCAAUUAAAUUGGUCCAUGAUAGUUUAGAGGAUCUUCAGAUGACUCGUUAUCAUUUUGCAAUGAAUGGAAAAUCAUUUUCUGUGAUACUGGAGCAUUUUCAAGACCUUGUUCCUAAGUUGAUGUUGCAUGGCACAGUGUUUGCUCGUAUGGCACCUGAUCAGAAGACACAAUUGGUAGAAGCAUUGCAAAAUGUUGACUAUUUUGUUGGGAUGUGUGGUGAUGGUGCAAAUGAUUGUGGUGCUUUAAAGAGAGCACAUGGAGGCAUUUCCUUAUCAGAGCUUGAGGCUUCAGUGGCAUCUCCCUUUACCUCUAAAACUCCUAGUAUUUCCUGUGUGCCAAACCUUAUCAGGGAAGGCCGUGCUGCUUUAAUAACUUCCUUCUGUGUGUUUAAAUUUAUGGCACUAUACAGCAUUAUCCAGUACUUCAGUGUUACUCUUUUGUAUUCCAUCUUAAGUAACCUUGGAGACUUCCAGUUUCUCUUCAUUGAUCUGGCAAUCAUUUUGGUGGUGGUAUUUACAAUGAGUUUAAAUCCUGCCUGGAAGGAACUUGUGGCACAAAGACCACCUUCAGGCCUCAUAUCUGGGGCCCUUCUCUUCUCUGUUUUGUCUCAGAUUAUCAUCUGCAUUGGAUUUCAAUCUUUGGGGUUUUUUUGGGUCAAACAGCAACCUUGGUAUGAAGAAUGGCAUCCACAAUCAGAUGCUUGUAAUACAACAGGAGGCCUAUAUUCGAAUUCUUCACACUUAAACAACGAAACUGAACUUGAUGAACAUAAUAUACAAAAUUAUGAAAAUACCACAGUGUUUUUUAUUUCCAGUUUUCAGUACCUCAUAGUAGCAAUCGCCUUUUCAAAAGGAAAACCCUUCAGGCAACCUUGCUACAAGAAUUAUUUUUUUGUUAUAUCUGUAAUUAUUUUAUAUGUUUUUGUGUUAUUCAUCAUGUUGCAUCCAGUUGCCUCUCUUGACCAGGUUCUUCAGAUAGUGUGUGUACCAUAUCAGUGGCGUUUAACUAUGCUCUUCAUUGUCCUUGUCAAUGCCCUUGUUUCUAUCCUGGUGGAGAACUUCUUCCUUGACAUGGUCCUUUGGAAGGUUGUGUUCAAUCGAGACAAACAAGGAGAAUAUCGAUUCGGCACCACACAGCCACCACAGGCGUCAGUGGAUCGGUGGGGAAAAUGCUGCUUGUCCUGGGCCCUGCGCUGUAGAAAGAAGAUACCAAAGGCAAAGUACAUGUAUCUGGCACAGGAGCUCUUGGUUGAUCCAGAAUGGCCGCCAAAACCCCAGACAACAACAGAAGCUAAAGCUUUAGUUAAGGAGAACGGAUCAUGCCAAAUCAUCACCAUCACGUAGCACACAGCAGUGAACCGGUCUCAGUGGCAGGCUCAUAACAGUAUUCAGGAGAAUGUGGUUUUAGAUUUUUCUGCUCCUGUGGGUCAGAGUGGCAUUAUUUCGAUUUAUGUCCCUUUUGAUAUAGUACUGAAUUGAGAACUUUGUUGGUAUUUUUUUUUAAAACAAACAACAAAAAGUAUUGGCCUGACAGUUAACAGUCUGUAAUCCUGUAUCUUCAUUCAGUAACCUAAUUGUUAUAUGCAUUUCCAGAAUUUUCUUUAUUGUUACCCUCUUUACGUUGGGUUUAGGUACAGGAGAAAUUUGGUGUUUGGUAGGGUUUUAGACAUUAGCUUCUGAGAUUAGUAUUCACCCUUAAGUUUCUUUUUACAACCCUCUUUUUAGAAAAGAUCUGUAUUUAUAUACAGGCCCUCAAUUUGUAAUUGGUAAAAAUAAAAUAUGUCAGUUAGCCUCCAGUGAAAACAGAUUGAAAACCUAUUUUCAUUUGAUUCUAAUAUUUCUUCAAAAGAAUUCCCUGUAAACAUGCAGCAGUUCCCUUCAAUGGUCUAGACUAUUUAGGAGUGAGUUUGUAGGGUGUUACUUAUAGAAUAACUCAGGUAAUUUCCAUUUAUGGUUUUAUAUUUUCUGUGCAAACUGCCUGGGUUUUAUUUUUCUAAUCAGCAAGGUGCUUCACUGCCCUCUUGAGAUGUCCCUCAGACUGUCAGGUGUAUGCUGUGCUCCGUGUGGUGUCAGUAGUCUAACUGGCUUCAGUUAACUGUUGCAGAACUACUCACUAGGAAGGAGAUUACUUCUUUUGGCAGUAGAUGUCGACCCAUUUGUCUAACAUUUCUUCAAACCUAUUUUUUUCCCCUUCUGAAGCCUUUGUAUUACUUUAAAUGUCUUUUUCUAUUCUACUUCUACAUUUUUAAUUACCCUAUGACAUAAGAUAAAAGUGGGGGUUUUCCUAAGUUAGAAAUUUAAGGAAAAAUUAAGAAAUCUCAUAAGAUCUUUUGAGGUUUAUAUAGGUCUCUUCUGUCAAUAAUGAGGCUUAAAAAAUACUGGAUUUGAAUGACUAUGUUUUCCCAAAGCAAUAUGAACUUGGUAGGAGUUUGUUUUAUGCCAUUAGGUGGCGCCAGAGGUCAGAGCAUAACUGUUUGGGAUUGGAUGGUGACAAAUUAAGUGCAUCUGGUGUGGAAGUUUCUGGGAGAAGAAAUGGAGGAACGUUUAAGAUAGACCUUCAUUAAACCAAAAGAACUGUGGAAAAUAUUUUUCACCUUUCUGUUUUGCCCAAUUACAGUGUUUAAAUUCUAAACAAAGUUAAUUUUUAAAAUGCUCUUAUAGGUAGGAUCCAGCAGUUGAUACUGCUAUGAAAUGGACACUAAACUAUUAAAACAAUGUGACAUUUUCCUUUGUUCUUCUAACCAGUAGCAUGCUUGCACUUUCUACUUCUAGCUGAUUGUUAUUUUCCCAGUAUACAUUUACCAGUUUACCAAAUUGUACCCAGAAUUGUAGGACCAAAUGGUUCUCAUUCUUUAUGCUGCAAAGACCUGAAUGAUGAUUAGUAACUGUAGAGAACUGUAAGCUACACUCAGGAUCACUGUUAUUGCUGUUGCCACUGAUGAUUCUUACAAAAAUAUAAUUGAAGUGUUCCAUCAAAAUGUAUAAUAUGAUAUUAAUACACACUAGAUGAUAAGAACAUGUUCGAUGAAUGGUUCUAUGAAGCUAUGCAUCUUAGACCUCUUGAGCUGUGAAUUAGCUCUGUUUUCUAGAGUUACUUAUUCACUCUUUUGUUUUAUAAUUUCCAUAUUCAUUUUAAAUAUGCUCAAGUGUUAUUCUUUAGUGAGUUCCACAACUGUAAAUCUUAUUCUUUGGUUUAAAAACUGAGGCAUAUAAUUAAAGGAAUUGCCAAGUAGCAGCUUAAAAAUCCAGUUAUCAGAUCGUAUUUAACAUCUUUAAGAGCAUGAUCAUAAAGAGCUAUUUUUGACACCUCUUUUUAAAAAUUUAGAGUUAAUAAGGGUUUUAUAUCACAUCUGUCCAUAUUGUUUUCAAGGGAACAAGUCUUUAGGUAGGUGGGAAAAGCAUUUGAAGGAAGAUCUGAACCUGAAACGGUGUCAAGUUGAGAAUCUUAUUUGAAGACUGAAUUCAAGUGUGGGUCUUACUCAGUGCCAUAGCUAGACUGAGUCUUCUCUGUAGGUCACCAUUACAUAGUAAGUUUGAUUCUGAACUUCACAUUAAAUUAUUUGAGUUUAUACAGACCUAAAUUUUAAAAUCUGUACAUAUAUUAUUUUGAUGUAUUAAGAUGAAUAAAUAUUGCUGAUUUAAAUUUUAUUUAUGCACAUACUUAAAGGACAGAGAUGUCUUGGAAAGUAAUUGUUAAAUAAUGAUAUGUAACUUUUAAACUUUUUAAAUAAAUAACAAGAUUUUUAAUGUGUGUUUCCCUCAGGGUUGUUUAAAGGUUUUUUUUUCCUCCCUAAAGUAUAAAUAGUGGUAACUAUAUGUUUUGUAUCUUUUAGCACCAACUGCUGUAAAGCAAUGCUGCAAAUAAUGCUUGAAUAAAAGUGGCUAAGCCAACAAAAAUAAAUACUUUUUAUAGUAGUUUUAUAAUCCUUAAAUUCGAAAGCUUUCCAAAUUGCACUUGCAUUUAAACAAAACUGUUGCAGUUUUUAAUCUAUUUAAUUUUGUUUCCCAUGUUUAUGAAAUUACUGCACAGUUUCAAAGGCAUGGUAAAUAAAAUAUCAAUGUUUAUGUAGUUUGUUCCAAAAACAGCUAUUGAUAACAUGAUCCAGCAAAGAGGAAAAUUCAAGCUUUAGCAAACAUUCUGAUACUUUGUGCAUGCAAUUUUGGUAUAUCUAAAAAUAGGUUUUUGUAUAUUUAUGGUGGGAGAAGGUUGGGAACUUUUAACAAAAUGGGGUGUUAAUUUUUGUACAGUCUGUGGGUAUUUACACAUAUUUUUAAUGUAUUAAAAUUUGGUAAUUAUGUGUAUAUUAAAUUAAUAAGAUAGUUACUUUCUGUUAUGAUUUGUGAAUUCCCUAAGACUUUAGUUUUUUAAGUAACUUUAUAUCAGAAAUGAUCCUGCAUCUUUAUAUUUUUAAAAUUGAAUUGCUGCUCAAGAAUGGUACCCUGUUGUCAAAAAGGCAUACAUUCAUAAUUGUACAUUCAGCAUUGUAAAUAAACUUAUGAAAUCUUUUUGAUUGAAGCUAUUCAAAAUAAAAAUUUUAAGGAAUGAGAUAA